AAAUGUGUCGACUGCUGGUCAUUGCAUACCGUUGAGAGAGUUUCACGCCGAAUGUAAUUCAAAUUGAAUACAAUUUGCGUUAGAUUGAAACUUAUAAUUGCCCGGCAAUGAUUUACUAUUCUCUUAUUUUUUUUUCCGUAAGGUAAAGUCGGUGAAGAACGAACCGCUCCAGAAAUUUUGAGGUUAUCAGAGACUAGCACGAUAACUGAACUACAGUCGGAGAAAAAACAAAAAUCAUAAACAAAAAUGAUUCUACUUAACAAGAUAAUUUGCAAUCGACACGUACUGAGAAAAUCCAACUAUCUGAACCUGAAUUUGUAUCGAAAAUGUUGCUUUCACAACCAUCUGCAAACAAAGCUAUUACAGAAGAAAAAAUGCAUUCUCACUAUAUUUAAACGAGAAACUGCAAAUACUCUUGGAACAGGUACUGUCAAAUCUCAGGCGAAGACAGUAACGAAGAAGAAUUUAAGAAAGUCUGAAUUGAAGCGACUCCUCAAUUUGGCAGAACCAGAGAAAUAUCGACUUUUGGGAGCAAUCGGUUUACUAAUUGUAUCAUCGACGGUAACGAUGGCUGUGCCGUUUUGCUUAGGAAAAAUAAUUGACUUGAUGUAUGCAGCAGACAAAGAGAAAAUGAAACAGAAUUUGAACAAACUCAGCUUGACAUUAUUGGGUGUAUUUCUAAUUGGAGGCAUUUGUAACUUUGGGAGAGUUUAUCUGAUGUCCACUACUGGGCACAGAAUAACCCAAUCUCUGAGGAAAAAGGUUUUCACAGCCAUAGUUAGUCAAGAAACAGCCAUGUUUGACAAACGAAGCACUGGCGAACUUGUUGGAAGAUUGAGCGGCGAUGCACAGCUCGUCAGCUCAGCUGUUACAACGAACAUCUCAGAUGGGCUUCGAUCGAGUAUAAUGAGCAUUGCUGGAAUAUCCAUGAUGGUCUACAUGUCUCCGGAAUUGGCGCUAGUUGGUUUAUCGACAGUUCCACCAGUCGUUGGUUUGGCUAUAAUGUAUGGCCGAUUUGUAAAGAAGAUAUCGAGACAGGUGCAAGACAGUCUGGCUGGUUUAAAUGUGAUCGCUGAAGAGAGAAUUAGUAACAUACGGACAGUGAAAGCGUUUGCUCAGGAGGUGAAUGAGAUUAAAAAAUACAGUUUCAAAUUGGACGAUCUGUUGAAGUUAUGCUACAGAGAAAGUUUUUAUAAGGGUGUAUUUUACGGAAUGACCGGCCUCUCUGGUAACGCCAUAAUACUUUCAGUCUUGUACUAUGGUGGAGGAAUGGUGUCCGAAUCAUCGUUAACCGUUGGCAAUCUGAGUGCAUUUUUGCUUUACGCAGCCUACAUUGGUCUCUCUUUGGGAGGUUUAUCCAACUUUUAUUCUGAGCUGAAUAAAGCCCUCGGAGCAAGCACCAGAUUGUUUGAAUUGAUUGAACGUGAGCCAAAAAUUGCAAUUCAAGGUGGAAGAGUAUUGCCUCAAAAACUGAGUGGCAAUGUUAUCUUUGACAACGUCACUUUUUCUUACCCUACACGAUUGGAAUCCAAAAUAUUGAGUGAUUUAACCCUGGAAGUAAAAAAAUGUUCCAUAACUGCUAUUGUUGGGCCGUCAGGUUCUGGAAAAUCAACAAUAGCUGCUUUACUACUGCGAUUGUAUGACCCAAAUGGGGGAAAGAUACUUUUGGAUGGAGAGGAUCUAAAAGAACUGGAUCCCACCUGGGUGAAAGCUCAGAUUGGAUUUGUAUCUCAAGAGCCAACGUUAUUCAGUUCCACUAUACGUGAAAAUAUUACAUACGGGGCUGCAAAUUCGACCGAAACCGAAAUUAUGGAUGCUGCAAGUCAGGCAAACAUACUGGAAUUUACACAAGGAAUGAAAGAUGGAUUAAAUACAAUUGUUGGUGAACGAGGAGUGACGUUGAGUGGCGGACAACGUCAAAGGAUUGCAAUUGCACGAGCGCUAAUCAAGAACCCAAAAAUUUUGAUCCUGGAUGAAGCCACGAGCGCAUUGGAUGCUCAAAAUGAACGUUUGGUUCAGGAAGCGAUAGAACGUGCUACACAGGGUCGAACAGUCUUGACAAUAGCUCACCGAUUAAGUACCAUAAAAAAUGCUGACAAAAUAGCAGUCCUUGAUCAUGGCCGAGUUGUCGAAAUGGGCAAUUAUGAUCACCUAAUGACUAUGGAGAAUGGAUUAUUCAGAAAUCUGGUGAAGCAUCAAACAUUCACUUGAGACAAUGAAAGAACAAAAUUUUCAUGUCGGUGAAUUUUAUGAAAUAUAACUGUAAAAUUCAAUCUGUAGGUAAUAUCUAUCUGUUGACAUGGCUUAAGAAAAAUUAAUGUAAUUAUAUUUAUAGAAAUUUGUUAAUUAGUCGGUGAUGUAAAUU